UGUUUGGGACUAAAGAAUGGCUCCCCCACGUGCCGUUUGUUGAUGUUGUAUGUCACGUUUGCAUUGUCCACACCCCCAACGACGCCGUCUCCCCUUAGCAUUCGAGAUUCGAGAACCGUGGUUCUAGCAAUAUUGUCCGAACAGGGUAACCAACCCCCUCUACUAAGCAACCUACACAAUGACCCUCGAAAACGACGCGGUCGCCGGUGCCACAAUUGAGCUCCUCGAGACCCGUCUGCGGCGUCUCACAUACCUCUUGACCGGCGAUGCAAACUGGACUGGCAAUCCCACGCCGCCCGCAAAGCCCGCAUCUCUCGAUGACAGCGUCUCGCGCCGUCUUCUUCGCCUAGAAAGGGAUCUGGAAAAGCUGAGCAGAAAUAUCCCCGCCGUUAGAGAUGUUUUGAGUCUCCACGACCGCUUCCCCGACCUCUUCCGCCAAACACCUUCCAAAUCACUCCCUGAGAAUCUAUCGACGCAGAACCUCGCCUCGAUCGUCCUAUCCUACGCUUCUGCGUUCCCUGAAACCGCCUCCCGACUUACUUCGUUGAAUGACCUCCCCAUCCCGGACGCCGAGACUUCAGCGUCGCUUAUCCAGCUCCAGCCACGACUGGACCAGUUGGCGCAAACUCAGGAGGACCAGGCCAAACAAAUCUCCGAGCUACGUGUGCGGUCUGCUCGAGUCUUGCAGCGAUGGUACGAAGUGGCGCUGGUUAGUGGCGGUGAAUGCUGGGCCGAAUGGGAAGGAAGACUGGAGGAUGUGGAAAGGGAGGUCAAACGGGAGGAAGUGGUGAGGGAGCGGCGAGCGAAGGAGUUGUGAGAAUGAGGCAGUUGCUUUUUUUUUUCUUCUCCUGGUUCUGGUUCCCAUGUUUCUUUUAGCGUGCUUGGCUUGUGAUAUGAUAUGAUACCUCUUUGUUUGUCCUGGUCAUGGUUAAGGAUAGUGGUUAUAGAGGAGAAUAGUGUGUAGUAAGUAAAUCUUUUCUUUCUACUGUAUGUAGACGAACGAUCCAUUCAUCCAUUGAGAGACAUCAUCUUGUGUGGCAACGAUUACUGAAUGGAUAGUAAAGCCGUUGGAAAUCAUCAGUCAGUCCUUUCUUUCCAUUUCUUCUGUUCUUUCAUCUGGACAUGAAACAGACCGACC